CAAAAGGCAUUCUGCACCAGCAACGCAAAGUGCGUCGGCGGUCGAACCGAAACCGGUUGGACCGGUGAGCGCGACGCCGACCAAUGCACCCUCUGCGGCGGGCGCAUGGUCUCGGAAGCUUCAUGGGAACCUGGUGUAUGGACACUUCCCGCGAUGGUUGACAGCGGCAACCAAUGGAAAACCCGCGGAUACCUGCCGGGCGUCAACACUUGGGGAUCACGCGUCGACACCUGGCGAGUCAAAGAUUUUGUUACCACCGUCGAAACCAGCCUCAGGGAGGCCGCCAGCUCCGUGUUCGCGCGUUGCCAGUACGGUCAGGUUGGCGAAUCUCUGAAACAGUUGGCUAGCGUGUGCAGCGGCUUGAGCUUCGCCGAACGCACGAAAAUCCUCGACGCAGCCUCAAAGCUCCUGAACAACCUGACCGCGUUCAACGGCACAGAUAUGACCCUCGGAAACGCCGGCGACACAAACCUUCAACCCGACGCAAACUCGACCGACGGCGACGCCUCAUACAGCGUCGACACCGCGAUCGUCCGGGUCCCCACCGACAACGAAACUCUCGCCGCUGCGUGCAUGGGAACGGUCGUGAGCAACUCCGCCGAUAGCUCGGUCGCCCCGGUCACCAGCCGUCGUCGCACCUCGCGCCGCCGUCUCUCGCAGGCUGAGGCCGACGCGGCUACUUUGCAGGAUGCGGGAUGCUGGAGUAGGGUUCGCAACAGCAACGACGCUCUCGUGGGCAUGCUCCUCGGGGAGUGCAUCCAGGUGUCCCUCGGUGCCGGCCAGCAGCUCCUCGACGGCGUCAAAGCCUGUCUCAAGACCAAGCCCGACCGAGCCAUCAACGUGGAUUACACCCAGGAUAUCUUUGUCAAGAGAACCACGGUGAAUGGCGUCGAAAAGUACACGCCGAUGUCCACCAUUACCGUCGAGCGUGUUGGCACUCAGAUCUGCGGCAAGGUCACCGACGUCGGAUCCUUCUUCUGUCCCGCGCGGGUUGCGCCAAACUGGGCAACCGCAACCACCGACAUCGGCUCGACUGAAUGCCCCAUCGUCGACGUCAUCGGCGCCGCAAAGUUGGCCGCCAUCGAAACUAUCCGCAACAGGAACAAAGCAUCGGGCGAAAAGGACGGCCCGCUCCCAGGUUUGGACCAGGCGUCCGGAAUCGCCGUACUCGCCGUCAUGUGCCUUUUCAUCUGCGGCUGCUGCGUCGGAUGCAGGUGGUUGGUCGUUCGCAGGCGCCGCCGCCAGCAGGCAGCCGCAGGCAAAGCGAUGGUUGUUCACAACACACUCAUCCACUCACAGACACAGGUCGUCCAGUCGACUGCUCAGCCAUGAUUCGCCAUGCGCCAGACUCUGACUUGAAUGGCAAAUACUGCUCCACGCGAUGACUGUACAGGAAUAAGCGGACUCUUUCGCAGCUGUCCUCGUGUAGAGAAGCCUCGAAGACGAUCACCUCACCACCGCGCUACGACCGCGAUGUGAGUCGAUCGCCAUUGCUUUUGUAACGUUACUUAUUUUUGUGUUGUAUGCACC